GAGAGAUGGGGGGGCCCCUGUGGAGUCCAGGAAGGAGCACUUCCUCUUCGUGCUCCAGGCGGCCACAGGAUCCCAGAUCAAGGCCGGAUCGGGUCCCGGAGCCCCCAUGGCGACACCGCAGCCGGCCCAAGGCUGGCAUUGGACAAUGCCCCGGGACCCGGCACGGAGCUGCGAGGCCGGGGGCUGCCCUAUCCCCCCUGAGGAGCGCGGGGCCGUGGGGGGCACCUACCUGGAGGAGCGGAUCCCCAUUCCUCGGGGGGACAAGCCCGGCUUCAGCCUGCGCAAGCUAUGGGCCUUCACAGGCCCUGGGUUCCUCAUGAGCAUCGCCUACCUGGACCCCGGCAACAUCGAGUCGGACCUGCAGUGCGGGGCCGUGGCCGGCUUCCAGCUGCUGUGGGUGCUGCUGUGGGCCACGAUCCUGGGCCUGUUGUGCCAGCGCCUGGCCAUCCGCCUUGGCGUCGUCACUGGCAAGGACCUGGGCGAGAUCUGCUACCUCUACUACCCCAAGGUGCCCCGCGUGCUGCUGUGGGUCACCAUUGAGCUGGCCAUCAUCGGGUCUGACAUGCAAGAGGUGAUCGGGACGGCCAUCGCAUUCAGCCUGCUCUCGGCCGGACGCAUCCCCCUCUGGGGUGGGGUCCUUAUCACCAUCAUCGAUACCCUCUUCUUCCUCUUCUUGGAUAAAUAUGGUCUGCGGAAGUUGGAAGCCUUCUUUGGCCUCCUCAUCACCAUCAUGGCUGUGACCUUCGGCUAUGAGUAUGUGGUGGUGCGACCGUCCCAGGAGGCCGUGCUCCGGGGCAUCUUUGUGCCCUACUGCAGGGGCUGUGGGCGCGAGGAGCUGCUGCAGGCUGUGGGCAUCGUAGGUGCCAUCAUCAUGCCCCACAACAUCUACCUGCACUCGUCCCUAGUCAAGUCCCGCACCGUGGACCGGACACAGCAACAGGAGGUGAGGGAGGCCAAUGGGUACUUCCUGCUGGAGUCGUGCCUGGCGCUGGGCAUCUCCUUCCUCAUCAACCUCUUCGUCAUGGCUGUCUUUGGCCAGGCCUUCUACCACCGCAGCAACCGCGAUGUGCACGACGUGUGCGUCAACAGUAGCGUCAGCCAAUACGCCAAUAUCUUCCCUGCGGACAACAGCACCGUGUCUGUGGACCUCUACCAGGGGGGCGUCAUCCUGGGCUGCUACUUUGGGGCAGCCGCCCUCUACAUCUGGGCCGUGGGGAUCCUGGCAGCCGGGCAGAGCUCGACCAUGACCGGUACCUACGCGGGGCAGUUUGUCAUGGAGGGCUUCCUGCAGCUGCGCUGGUCCCGCUUCACCCGCGUCCUCUUCACCCGCUCGUGCGCCAUCGUCCCCACUGUGCUCGUCGCCGCCUUCCAGGACGUGCAGCAUCUGACGGGCAUGAACGACCUGCUCAACGUGCUGCAGAGCAUCCUGCUGCCCUUCGCGGUGCUGCCCGUCCUGACCUUCACCAGCCUCCGGCCGCUCAUGAACAACUUCACCAAUGGCAUGCCAGGGAAGCUGGUGAUGGCACUGAUCACACUGCUGGUCUGUGCCAUCAACCUCUACUUCGUGGUGGAUUUCCUGCCCUCGCUGGGCAGUGUCGCCUACUGGGUGCCCGCGGGUGUCGUGCUGGCCGCCUACGCCGCCUUCGUCAUCUACCUGGUACAGGGGGGGCUGAGGGGGCGCAGCGGGGGGCACUGGGGGCCCGUCUCACUGCCUCCCCUUGCCCCCCCAGCUCUGGACCUGCUGCAUCGCGCACGGAGCCUCCUGCCUGGCCCGCGGCCCCCACGCGCGCUUCGCCUACGGCCUCCACGAUGGCCCCCCCCGCACUGCCAGCCCACGAGCCGCGGAGACAGCGGGCCGGCAAGGAUGGGGUUAACAGCUGGGGUGCCACCCCCCCAUGGAGUGACACCCCCCAGGCUGCCGGUGCCCCCCACUCCCGACCCACAGCCCCUGCCCCCCAGCCCCGGUGCCCCUCACUCCCGACCCACAGCCCCUGCCCCCCCCAGCCCCAGUGCCCCUCACUCCCGACCCACAGCCCCUACCCCCCCCAGCUCUGGUGCCCCCGCCCCCCCAGGCCUGGUGCCCCCCACUCCCGACCCGCAGCCCCUGCCCCCCAGCCCGGCCCGUGCCUGCAGGGCUGGAUCCUGCCCCUGGGAUCAGGUCCCUUGCACUCGGCGCUGGAGCAGCCGCAGCCUAAGUGAAUUAGCGGCCCCGAGGGGGCAAUUAGCGGCCCCGAGGGGGCAAUUAGCAGCCCGGGACUCUCCCCGCGCCGGGCGGGGGCUGUGCAGGGCCCACGCGUGUGCAGCCCAGCGCGCUGUGAGCAAGCAGCGGAGGGGGGACCGGAGUCCGGCACGGCAAUAAACCGGGUGAAACUGCCCCGCGGCCCCGAGUUUCCUGGGGGGGUCACGCGUGGGCCUGGCCCUGCCCCCUCCGCGCGGGGGGCACUUGGGAGACGCUCCCUAGGCACUUUCAAGGCCGCCUCUACC